AUGUCGGCCAAGUACGCUUUCACAAAGUCUCUCCGCGAGGUGCGAUUCCUCUUUUGCCAGACUUCGGAGCAGAGCGCGGCUCUUCGAUCAUUCAUCACCCGAUCGUACCCUACCAUGAAGCGCAACAACCCCAACAUUCCCAUCCUGAUCCGAGAGGCCGCUGGCACCCAGCCCAAGGUCUUUGCCCGAUAUGACCGAGGUGUCGAGAAGUCACAGAUCCUCGAGGGUCUCUCCGACAAGGAGAUUGAGGAGACCGUCACUGGCUUGGUCAAGGCUGAUCAAUAG